AAUAUAUUUCCCUAACUACCUAAGCAAAGAAACAGAGACAAAAGGAACCCCAUCCCAAAAGAAAUGGCAGCCACACCCCUACUGCCCGUGAACCAAGUGAACAUACAUAUACAAAAGUGAAGAGAAUAUACAUAAACAGAUUUAUGGAUAACCAAACUCAAAGUCAAAACCAGGCAAAAGUCAAAUACCAAAACAGCAGUCAGAAUACAGAAUUUGAUAGCCACAAGGGCAAGCAACAUAAACCAAAGACUCUCCUAACACCAAAUCACACAUAACCACCUCCAACAUCCCACAUGUUCUCACUCCGUCUUCCUCUUUAAGUAUGGCCACCAAUCUGUGAGGUCAUCCUGGAGGCGGGAGAAAGGCAGGCUAGGGUAGACUGGAAAGUCUGGGAGGGAGUUUGGACCUGCACACAAAAUGUCACAGCACACAAACUUCCCAUUCUAAGAUAGCAGGUUGUAACAGGAAUGUAAUUAAAUCGAAAGAUUGGAAAAAGAGCUAGUAACCUUCAGCAUUCUGAACUGAACCGUGUUUAAUGCUGUGGGGAAAACAUUUUCAGGACGCUGCAGUUGCUGUACUUUGAUCUCUGCUGCACAAAUGCAAAUAUAUGAGAGAUGACAGUUAAAACAACAUUUCUCUCAAUGUCACUUGAGAGAACACUGUGUUUGUGUUUCAGCGUCUGGGUCAAAUUUUAGGGGAUUUUUUUUUACUUUCUCUUUUGGUUUUUAGUUUCUGUUUGGACUCUAUUCUUUAUCUUUAUCAUUCUUCAAACGAAGCUGCAGGAAGAAAGGGUAUGUCAUUAAAUAGAAGCACCUGUACUGCUAACAGCACUGUCACAGCCAUAAGUGUGGCAGUAGCCAAUCGUGUGUGAGUGACUGGAAUACAGUUUUUUGACCCAGUAUAUCGAAUACCCAGCUGGUAUUUGACCCAGAACAAUGCUGGUUCAUACACUUCUCUAUACAAGUGGCUGUUAUUCUGAAUAGUAUUUAUUCUAAACAUUAAUUUUAAACACCCUAAUGUUAAAGUCUUAAUUUGAUAUUUUAAGCGUCUAAUGUUAUUAAUUUUUCAGAUAGUAGACUUCUGAGUAUCUCAGUGUCAGUAAGCUAUUCCAAGGCUGUCUCACAUUAGUGGGAUUGUUAGUGGCUCAAAAUGUUAUGUAUAGUGGUGUUUAAAUGAAGAAGUAUGUAGACUGUACACAUGUGUCUCAGUUCUAUGUUAUUUUGUGUGGGCAGAGAAACAGAUAUAGGUCAAAGAGUAAUAACCGAAACAUAACAGGAACAAAGCAAAAUGUUAAACAGAAGAUCAGGCAGAGCAAAUCUAGCCAAGCAAUAUGAUGCCUACGUACAAUGUAGAUAAGUUCGGUCCUGUAAUUAUAAUCUUUAGAUUGCAUUACUGUAAGUUAUUCCUCUUCCUGUACCCGCAUGCCUAGCCCUUUACUUUAACAACCCCAAGUGCAGUCCGUGAUUCUUUUACAAGAAUUAUAGUACUUAAUCACAAAAGUCCCACCUUAUGUCAAUUACACUGACUUCCUAUUACAUCUCACAAAGACAGCUGAAAGGCAGCUCAUAAUGUCCCAUUCAGCAGCUGUGCUCUUGACUACAAACCUGUUACAAAUACAGGUUAUAAAUGGUGUCAUUAUAGAACCCCACAAUAUCCUAGUUUUAUUCAUUUAUUUCACAAAUUAAUAUAAAAAAUAUAUAUUCAGAUGAAGACGCAUGCUAUCUUACUUUUCACUAUUCUCUCUCUCUCUCUCUCUCUCUCUCUCACACACACACACACACACACACACACAUACAUUUCUAAUAGAACCAGGCUACUGAAAUAACCAUAAAAAUGCGUGUAAUGAACUCCAUAUUGUUGAAACUUCUGAUUUGUCAUGAGACCAUGGUCAUGCUUUAUUUCACAUGACUGCACUGGAUUUGAUUUUUUUUUUUUUUUUUCAGCAAAGCCCCACCUUUGGCACUCCCGUCUCUUUAAACUUCUCUGAACGUCUCUGAAUUAUUUGGAAUUUAUUUCAAUGUCACGGGUUAUAAAAACAUUUUGAUCGUAUACUUAUAAAUACUGUCAAUUGCUGUGCUUGCUUCGGCGCAACUGGGGAUUUCCACAGUAGGGAGGUACUUGUUUAUUAUCAGCUAGAAGCAGAAACAGAAACUACACAGAACUAUCUUAAGGUCCGUCUGCUGGAUCGGGACAUGUUUACUGCUCAACCAACUGCAUGGUCUUUAUCAAGGACUGGAAGUAACAGAUCUACACAGACGACACGGCGACUUCUGCUCACAAAUGGAAACACACACCAUGGAUCCUGGAUUUUAACUCAGCAAUUCAAAAUAAUGAGCUGCAUAAGAAGAUCUACCUAAUACUGGACAUGAUAAGUUAUUACUUUUUGGCUUGGAAUACCCAGAAGAGGACUGGGUUCAAUGGGAUAUAAGUUUGCUGUAUGUGCUAAUAGAUGAAUUGAAGAAAAAACACUUGGACAUAUGAAGUGUGGAGAAGAAACAUUUCUUAUUUUUUUUCUAUACGCCAAGAAAAACUCACCAGCACUUUAAAGAUGGUAUUCAGCUUGAAAAAUACGUAUAUUAUUGCUGCUACUUUCCUCCUGAACAUUGAACUGUGUUUUUGCGCUUGUGCCCGAGCUGAAUAUGAGAUAAAUGGAGAAUGUUGUCCCAUGUGUGCACCUGGAAGCCGUGUUUAUAGGCAUUGCACUGAAUUUGUCAGCACGACUUGUGUGCCGUGUAUCAACUCAACUUUCACCACCGAGCCCAGUGGUCUUCUAAAUUGCCUUAGCUGUGCUGUGUGUGAUACUGGGCAGGGCAUACGAGUAAAGAUAGCCUGCACACGGACUUCAGAUACAAUCUGUGAGCCCCUGGAGGGCUUUUACUGUACACAUGAUGACAAGGGCAGCUGUACACAAGCUGUGGAACAUACAAAAUGCAGCCCUGGACAAUACAUAAAGCAGAAAGGAACAGCACAUAAAGAUGCCGAAUGUGCUGGAUGUAAAAAUGGUACCUACUCUGAUGGGUCACUUGAAAUUUGCAAACAACAUACAAAGUGUGAAGAUUUGGGACUUACACAAAUAAAACCAGGAACAACAACGUCUGAUGUUGAAUGUGGAAAUAAAAUUCAAGGGGCCCUAAUAGCUGGAAUCAUAGUUUGCAUUGUUGUUGUUGUGGCUGUAACACUAGUCAUACUUCUCAAAAUUAGACACAAGAUUGGCCGAUGUGCAGCAAGGAAUGCUGAGCCAGAAACAAGACAGACAGAACUUAAAACACCCACCUCAGAGACAUCAUUUCUACCAAAAAACAGACGUUUCAUCAGCACUUUCACAAUGAUUUCCAUUUUGCAGCAUACUUUCAUUAUUGCUGCUAUUUUCUUCUUGAAUAUUGAACUGUGUUUUUGCGCUUGUGCACGAGCUGAAUAUGAGAUAAAUGGAGAAUGCUGCCCCAUGUGUUCACCUGGAAACCGUGUUUAUAGACAUUGCACUGAAUUCACCAGCACAACCUGUAUGCAGUGUGUUGGCUCGACAUUCACUGAUGAACCCAAUGGCCUUCCAAGAUGCAUUAGUUGUACAGUGUGUGAUGCUGCACAGGGAAUAGGAGUAAAAACGGCCUGCACACCGACUUCAGAUACAGUUUGUGAGCCACUGGAUGGGUUUUACUGUACUGAUGAAUACAGCGGCAGCUGCAGAUAUGCUGUGGAACACACAAAAUGCCACCCUGGACAAUACAUAAAGCAGAAAGGAACAGCAGUUAAAGAUGCUGAAUGUGCAGCAUGUGCAGAUGGCACCUACUCCAAUGGCUCCCUUCAAAUUUGUAAAGAACAUACAAAAUGUGAAGAUUUGAGACUAAAAGAAAUAACACCAGGAACAAAUUCUCUUGAUGUUGAAUGUGGAAGAAAACCUCCGGUAGCUCUAAUAGCUGGAAUCCUAACUGGAAUCCUAGCAGUGGGGGCUAUAGUUUUGGUUGUAGCUGGAGGACUAAUUUUUAAAAGAAGACAUAAGAAAGGCCCACCUAAAGCUCAUACUGCUGAGAAAAUGAGAUUUUCAAACAACAAGACAUGUGAAAGCGAUACUUCAGCAACAUUAAUGAGAGAAGAGCGAAAAUGUGCCUUUAAUCACUCUGGGCAUGUGGCUUCUCCAGUUGAAAAUGACUGCGGAAAACAAUGUUGUGACCUACAGGAGCAUGAGAUAACACACACUGGAUAUGGUAUAACGUGAAUACGUGAGUUCAGGGAAGAGGCAGAUAUACUGUUGGAAGUGAUCCUGAAUAAUGUGAUUUGAAUCCUGUGUGAUAUGAUAAAAGACAUUCAGAGUAAGUUUUCCUCAGUGAGGACAUACUGUAUAGACCAAAUGAUUUUGAUCUGUUUCAAUCACCUGACAUUUUUCUUGUAGCCGCCAUAUUUAUGGCCAUCGUUUUUGACCAUCGGCAGAAAAGCAAUGCGUCUGAGAAGUGAUGCUUUCAAAAACUGCUGAUCAUUGAUUUUGAUUCGUACCAAGCCCCACGAAAAAUAUAUACAGAUCUGAAGUCAGCACAGACAUUACCAUUGCGAAAUCUAACAAUCACAGUCAUUUGCAUUUAAUCCACAGUCCAUCUCUGUACACCAGUGAGAGUCUGAGGGCUUUAAAGUGCACCGUAUCCUGCUGGUACCUGAUACAGCUCAUGGUUUUACUAAGCGCUACUUACAAAAUGAAUAUCACUAACCAGCAGAACUGCAGCUAAAUUAAGGUGAUAGUAAAUGUAAGUAAAUAUGACAAAGUAAGAGAACUUAUUGUAGUUAGUGUCAGUUGAAUUCUCAGAACAUUGUGGCUGAUGUACCGACUAACUUUAAGUCACUGAUUUUAACAAAUUCUACAGUCACAGAAUAUCCCACAUACAACUUAACAUGAAUUGCUGUGUUUUCAGUAUUUCGCACAAUAUAAUGCAAUUUGCAUUAUGCAAGAUGCAGCAAUAUUUCUGUAUAGGGUAAUAAAAAUUGUUGUAUAGGGUAAUAAAUACUGACAUCUGCAAUAAUCACACUGAACCUCAGCUAUAGAGUGGUGCAGGGAUAAUAUCAUUUUGUCUGCCAAAACCUGGAAACGAGUUAGCAUUACAUAUGUGCAAAUCUUUGUCUUUAAAACCCCUCUUUAUUAUUUCUGUAAAGACUUCAAAUGUUACUUGGAUACUGUCUCAACCUCAAGCAAUUUCAAAGCCUUAAAUUCCUUUACAUGUAUAAUACAAUGUAUAAUAUGUAUGCAUUUUUUAUAGUGUACAAUUGAUUGUGUGUUGCAUAUAAGGGAGGGAGGGAAAUAGGAAAGUAAAUAUUUAUUGCAUAUUCAUUAUUUAUAAUUAAUAUGCAAUAAUUAGUUAUUAACAAUAAAUUAAUAUAAAUAUAAAUAAUUAAUAGCAAUAAUUAUUUAUUGCUAAUUAAAUAUUACCCCUGGCCCAAUGUUUUGUUUGUUUUGCUUUUGUUUUGUUUUAUUUCCUGGUCCUUUGUUUACUUGUUAUAUUUUUGUUGUCGUUAAUAUCUGGUGUGAGUUGUAGAUAUAUGUAUGUAUUUAUUUUUGUAUAUGCCCAAUACAUUUUUUACAUUAAAAAAAGCUACUUAAAGGGU